AUGCAUCAAUCACCCAAACGAUCCGUGAUAAAGCAUCCCCAUGACUUUCAGGGCGCUCAAGUCAUGCCACGCAGCGCAGAUGCGCUAGCCGAGGCUGCGGGACGCCCGCUUCCUGCUUCACCCUACACCCCCGCCGACCCUUCCGCAACCACGCCCAACUAUCUCAAGAGCGUCGAAGGUAUCGGCAACACGGAUGGCACCUUCACAGGUCUCGCUAGCAGCUUCGAUUUCUCCGACAUGACGCUCGUGCCGCAACGCAGUGCGCCUGCUCCUCCCAGCAGCAACAUGGCCUCGACUUCCUCCUUCGCGUUUCAGGGUGCGUCCGGCUCGACACCGUCUGCCUCGCCAACCUCGGCGUCUACUUCCACCUUUGCAAAUGGUUCCUCCACCCCAAUCGGAGCGUAUCGCCCGAAACCGACUAUCAACACCUCGGUCAAUGCGCUGCAGGGCCAAAGAUCCGGUCUGCCCGCCCAAAGUGGCCUCCCUUUCAGCGUCUCGGGCGUUUCCAGUAAUCCACCUGCGGCGUCGCCCAUCAAUGGUCCGAGCUCGGCUGUGCCAUGGUCAUCGCAGAACAUCGCAUCCUCGAGCUCCAAUGCGCCUUUCCCUCCGCGCCCUGUCCGGUCCAAUACCUCGGGUCCCGAUACGCUGCACACCCUCUCGUCCGUCAGCGCAUCUCAACACGUUGCUCCUGUCAUGGCACAGCGCUCUCACUCGAGCAUCGGCCCUCAGCAGCAUCAGUUGUCGCCCAACUUGAAUCAGUCCUCGCCAAACCUCGAAGGCGACGCAGCUGGCCCUUCCUUCGUCUCCCAGAGUCACUUUGUGCACGGCAGCAGAGACCGCGAGAGGAGUCGUGAUGGCAGCGCAACACCCGGCGGCAGAAACACCUUCAAGAGCGUCUUUGGCGGCUUCGUCAAUUCCAUGAGCGACGUCUUUUCAGCUCAAAAGAAGAUCGAGAUUUCGACGCCAUACGAUCCAGUGCAUCUGACGCAUGUCGGCUUCAACUCGGACACGGGCGAAUUCACAGGUCUGCCCAAGGAGUGGCAGCAGCUCUUGCAAGAGUCGGGCAUCUCGCGCCAGGAUCAGGAAGCUAACCCGCAAGCUGUCAUGGACAUUGUCGCCUUCUACCAGGAUGCCACAAAGAGCGAGGGUGGCAUGGAUGUGUGGAAGAAGAUGGGCGCAGCCAAGGGCAACAACAACCACCACGGCCCCGGCACACCUCGAACCGAUGCCAGCAGCGAAGAUGGCUUCAAGGUGGCAACGCAGCCCACCCUGUACGAAAAGCCUCGAGCUGCGCCUGCGCCGCCAGGGGCUGUGCACGCAAAGAAAGCGGGAGAACUCGGCAGCCCCGAUCUUCGACAACCCUCUGGUUCGGCCAGCAGCUCUGCAGAAGCAUUACUUAAGGCGACGCGACCUGCUCCGGCUCCCGCCGCAGGGCAAGGCACAAAGACAGUUUCACCCCCUCUGGGAUCCAAACCAGAUUCUGCACCGCGCCUGCCGGACGCUCCGACCGCCCCGGCGUCGAAAGCGUCCGCGGCGGGCGCCGGUACUGCUGCUGUUCCUCCCAAUAGCGGCGUGUCGGCAACUGCGUCGUCCGCAUCUUCGGCAGGCAGCAAGAACAUCAAGGGCCCCGGAGCAGUGCCACGCAGGCGAGAGACCAAGAAGAGUACGAUCAAGGAUUCCGACGUGAUUGCCAAGUUGCAGGCCAUUUGCACCGACGCAGACCCAACCAAGCUGUACCGAAGCUUGCAAAAGAUCGGUCAAGGCGCGAGCGGUGGUGUGUUUACCGCCUAUCAGGUUGGCACCAAUGUGUCAGUAGCGAUCAAGCAGAUGAACCUGGAGCAGCAACCCAAGAAGGACCUCAUCAUCAACGAGAUCCUCGUCAUGAAGGAGUCGCGUCACCGCAACAUUGUCAACUUUAUCGACUCGUUCCUGUUCAAGGGCGAUCUGUGGGUGGUGAUGGAGUACAUGGAGGGUGGCAGCCUGACAGAUGUGGUGACGUGCAACAUCAUGACCGAAGGCCAGAUUGCAGCGGUUAGCCGCGAGGUUCUCGAGGGCUUGCGGCACUUGCACGAGCACGGCGUGAUCCAUCGGGACAUCAAGUCGGACAACGUGUUGCUCAGCUUGCAAGGAGACAUCAAGCUCACCGAUUUCGGCUUCUGCGCCCAGAUUGGCGAGUCACAAGCGAAGCGCACCACGAUGGUGGGAACGCCGUACUGGAUGGCGCCCGAAGUGGUGACGCGCAAAGAGUACGGACCCAAGGUGGACAUCUGGAGUCUGGGCAUCAUGUGCAUCGAGAUGGUGGAAGGCGAGCCGCCGUACCUCAACGAGAACCCGCUACGCGCGCUGUAUCUGAUCGCGACUAACGGCACGCCCAAGAUCAACAACCCGGAGAAUCUUUCGAAUACGUUCAAAGACUUCCUCAAGACGAGUUUGGAUGUGGAUGCCGAGCGUCGUCCCGAUGCGGUGGGCAUGCUGGCACAUCCGUUCCUUAAGCGAUCCGAGAGCUUGAGGACGCUGACUCCGUUGAUCAAGGCUGCCCGCGAGCAGACGCGCAAGUCCUGA